UUCAAUAGCAUCCAUGUCUCACGAAAUAUUUUAUUGGUUAUUACUUUUGUCAACUAAUUUUGUUUCUUCUCUCCCUUUAAAAAUUGAUCUUGGCGGCAUUCAUUGGAAUUUUUAUUCUCCAAAGUUGAAUAUUUCUGGUUCUGCUAUUGUCCCGGGCGAUAUUUAUGCUGAUUUGGAAGCUAAUAAUUUUAUCAAAAAUCCACUUUUUGGACAAGGUGAUAAAAUAUAUGCAUGGGUAGGUCAACAAGAUUUGAUAUAUGAACGAACAAUACUUUUACCGCAGGAAGUUUAUAAGGCAAAGAAUGUUCUUUUAAAAAUACAUGGUUUAAAUGGAUUCUCUUCUGUUUAUUUUAAUGAUUACCAUGUUGCUAAUUUGGAUAAUCAAUUUUUAAGUUACUCAAUUAAUUUAACAUCUCUUCUGGUUAAAGGAAUGAAUUUUUUGCGUAUUUCCUUUAAAUCUAAUGUUAAAGAAGCAAAAAUGCGAUCAGAUGUUUAUGAGGAAUGCCCGCCAGAAGCGUAUAACGGUCAAUGUCAUGUCAACUUUUUACGUUCAAUGCAAGCAAGUUUUGCUUGGGAUUGGGGACCAAGCAUGCCCUUUGCUCAUUUUCUUAUUAAAAAUAUUAUUUCACUUUACUGUCAUUCUAAUCUUCAAAAUUUUAAAAUUGAAUUAAGUCUUGAUGAAAUUGGUUUAACAAAAUAUUUGAAUUUUCGCCCUUCUGAUUAUGGUAAAUGUCCAAAAAUUAAAUUGAAGAAUUUGGAUAUUUUAGUUCCUCGUAAAAAGAUCAAACUUUGGUGGCCUAAUGGUUAUGGUUCUCAACCUUUAUAUACUUUACAAUUAAAAAUUCAUUUAAACGAUACUUUAUUGGAUUCAAUUAAAAAAAGAAUAGCUUUUCGUUCAAUUUAUUUAAAUCAAAGUUUUGUAAGUGAAUUAGACCAUGACAAGGGACGCUUUUUUCAAUUUGAAGUUAAUGAUAUACCUAUAUUUCUUAAAGGUACCAAUUUUGUUCCAAUAUCAAUAUUUCCUUCACGAAAUAAUACAUUAAGACGUAAUUUUCUUUUUCAUUCAAUGAUUGAAGCAAAUAUGAACGUUUUACGUGUUUGGGGUGGUGGAUUUUAUGAAACUGAUGAUUUUUAUAGUUUAGCUGAUGAAUUAGGUUUACUUAUUUGGCAGGAUUUUAUGUUUGCCUGUGCUUUAUACCCAGUAAAUAAAGCUUUUUUAAAUUCUGUUAAAAGAGAAGUUAAAGAACAGGUUCUUCGUUUAAGACAUCACCCAUCUUUACUUUGUUGGGCAGGAAAUAAUGAAAAUGAAUUGGCUAUAAGUGAUGUUUGGUAUUUUGCAAAAAAUUAUUCGAAAGAAUUACAAUCAAAAGAUUAUUUAAUUCUUUACAAACAAACAAUACAACCAAUUGUUGAAAAAUUAGAUACAAGCAGACCUUUUCUUUUAUCGAGCCCUUCAAAUGGAAUUGAAACGGAAAUUAAGGGAGGUAUUUCUGAAAAUCCUGGAAGUCCUCUCUAUGGAGAUAUUCACUUUUAUGCUGAAACAAAAAAUCUUUGGGAAGAUUCUACUUAUUUAAUUCCACGAUGUGCUACAGAAUUUGGUGUUCAGUCAAUGCCUUUUAAAUCAACAAUGGUUAAUUGGAUUAAAGAAGAAGAUUGGAAAUAUACAAGUGAAACUUUAUUGGAAAGACAGCACCAUCCAGGGGGUGCUUUAACUCUUCCAAUGAUGAUUUUACAACAUUUUUUGAUUUCAUCUAAUUCUUCUACUUCUUUUAUUGACGAAUUUGCCUUUUUAUCUCAAGUACAUCAAGCUAUAGCGUUACAAACACAAAUUGAACAUUAUAGAAGAUGGCGUUCUAAUUUAAAUUUAACAAAUGGAUUGGGUUAUACAAUGUGUGCAAUGUAUUGGCAGUUAAAUGAUGUUUGGUCUGCUCCGACUUGGUCUACAAUAGAUUUUAAUUUACGGUGGAAAAUUGGUCAUUAUUUUGUUAAGCGGUCUUUUGCUCCUUUAAUUUUAUCGAUGUUUUUUGAUCAAAAUGAAAAUUUUCAUCUUUUUGUCUGUUCUGAUUUACUUGAAAAUAUUUAUAAUUCCAUAAUUACAAUUAAAGUUUUUGUUUUACAAUAUGGAAAUGAUCCAAUUUAUCAACAAUCAAUAAAAUUAAAUAAAAUACCUUUAUUGUCAUCUAAUGAAAUUUAUUUACCUGAAAAAUUUAAUUGGAAAAUAAAAGAUAAUAAAACUAAUUUUGACAAUAAUUAUUUAAUAUCUGCAACACUUUCAAUUAAUAAUUCAAAUAAUACUUCAUUUUCAAUUCCACCACAAUUUAUAUUAUAUCCAAAUAAAUUUGAUAAUUUAAUUGGAAAAUAUGGAAAUGCUUCUAUAACAUCAUUUGUUAAAAUUACAAAUUUUAAAUUUAAAAUAAAAAUUAAAAAAGAAAAUAAAAAUUUUAUUUUACCUUUAAUUUGGAUUGAUUUAAAAGAAAAUUUUUUAAAAUUAAAUCAGAAUUUAAUUUAUUAUUUUAAUGAUAAUGGAUUUGCAAUGAUUGAUAGUGAUGAGGAAAAAGAAAUUGUUUUAUUUAUUUUUAAUAAUCCAAAUAAUGUAAUAAUUAUUAAAGAAAAUAUUAAAUUAAUUAUAUUGUAA